ACUCUGCAUGCAGGGUUUCAUGGCGAUCCUGCAAUAUGCAUGUUGUGGGCGACUGUUUACGAUUUGUUGACAGGGGCCCUAGUCCUGUGUGCCUUGUGCGUUGACAUUGUGGCACAGAUUUGCAUCGAUGCGCAGGGCCCAGCAUGUACAUAUGCGCCACGUUUGAUUUGAACACCGCAAGGGCUUUGCAUUGCUCACGACUACGCGCUAUCCAACCACACGACGCUUGGUUAUACUCCUCUCGCGGCCGUAGAGCGGUACGCACGCAGCCUUCACGCCAUCACCACCGAGAUCCAUGUCGGGCUCACUACGGUAUCUACUCGUUCUGGACUUUGAGGCCACAUGCGGCGACGAUGUCAAAGGCGUCAACGAGAUCAUAGAGUUCCCCACCUUGGUGUACGAUCUCGAGGAAGACAGAGUCCAAUCCACGUUCCAUGAAUAUGUCCGCCCUGUGGUACAUCCGAAAUUGACAAACUUCUGCAAGGACUUCACUGGCAUCACACAGGAUGUCGUGGAUGUCGCGGAUCCGUUCCCCGUAGUCUGGGAGCGUUUUCAAAACUUCAUCAGGAAUAACGAGUCCCUCGCAGACCCAGCGUCCUUCGCUUUCCUCACAUGCGGCAAUUGGGACCUAUGCUCCAUGCUCCCCCGCCAGCUGGACCUCAGCGAAAACGGACGCGGUCUCGAUGCGUCUGGUGAUCUCCUCGCACCCUUCAACCGCUCCAUCAACCUCAAGGACGCGUUCCGGCGGCACUACAAGCUGCGCUAUCAGCUGGGCAUGGCGCACAUGCUGCGCCGACUGAAGAUGGAGCUCGAGGGGAGGCACCAUUCCGGGAUAGAUGACUGCAGGAACAUCCUGAGAAUAGUGCAGCGGAUGUUGGCGGACGGUUGGCGACCGCAGGAUUCGAUUUCGCUCCAGCCCGAAUCCGAGUCGUGAUGGGAGUGAUGGCAGCGGUGUAUGAUGCUCGUUGACUCGUGUGGACAUUCGAAACAAGGCCAUAUAUAUGUACUCCGGCUCACCCAAAUGUAUCGUUUGACUCAGCUGCAGAUGGAGGCCACAUUGACCGAAACGUCAAUUGGCGAAGGCCAUGGCAUCUAGAGUACGGAUCUAU